AUGAAAUUUUCCAAGAAUUUCAAACUUGGAACGCCUGUUCCCAAAGACUUGGUGCCUAUCCUGGCCAAGGAUCCGAGUAAACAGGAGGAAAUCGUUGAAAAAGCACGUCGACAACAUGAGGAGAAGCUUGCUGAAGCUGCCGCCAAAGCCAGCGGCUCAAAUGCUCCACCCUCUGCGACCGCUGCUUCAGCUGCCGAACUCAAACCUUCCGUACCUCGUACCGCUGGGCCUUCUCGAUAUGAGGCCGGUGCGGCACCUCCUGUGGCACCAUCAGAUCGACAACAGUACCCCCGUGGCCGCCAGGGUUACCCACCAAUGGGGCCUCAUGCUGGUCCAGGUGGACGUCCUAUGGGACAUCACAACGGGCAUCCUGGACGAUCUGGGCCAGGCCUUUUGAGCCAUCGCCUGGCAGAUAUUCAGCAACAGCGCAAAGGCGGAGCUAUGGGUCCUGCUAUGCCUCCACCUCCCCCCGUUCAAGAUGGCCGUAUGCCACCCUCCGGACCCAUGGGCGGUGAUCUUACCAAUAUCAGCAGUCCUCAUAAACCUCUCCAAAGCCCAACGUCAGCAACAUCAACGAAAUUCAAUGUCAGAGCUCAUGAAUUUAAACCUAACCCAACUGCGAAUACCUUUACACCUGCAGGAACAUCUGCCAUAUCUUCUAGCCCUGCAUCUAAUGCAAGGACUCGAUCGAUUUCUCGUACUGCUAGUCCGUCCGCAUUGUUCGGCGCUAAGAAACCCCUGCCAGCAUCGGAACGGCCAUCAGUUAAUGACCACUUCAACCCCAUUAAGCGGAUGAGAAAUGAAGCAACAGAGCAGAGUACUAAAGACUACGCAUUUAAUGGCGGAAUUCCCCAAGCUUAUCGAACUCCCCCAACAUGGGAUGUUGCUCCGAUUAAUGCGGAGAAAACUUACGCUGAUAUGUUCAAAACUCCUGUACCUGCCCCUGCAAUUUCACCCCAAAGGGCUGCAUCUAAUCCUCAAAUACCACCUCAACAUCAGCUUCCAUAUCAUCUUCAGCACACUGUCCCUCAGACAACUGGCCCUCCACAGGUUCAUCCUCAUCCGCACGUACAACCACAUCACCCAUCGGGACAUCCACACUUCGAUGAUCCCCAUCGCAUGCAAAUAUCUGCUUCAACCUCACAAGUUUACCCGUCGCCCCGACUCCAACCGAGUCAUGUGGCAUACCCCUCUCCCAUGGGCCAUCAUGCCCAACUAGCAUUUGGUCCCUCGGUUCCGCAAUUCUACCCGGGGCAAGGCCCCCAGCCUUCUCACAUGAGACAUUACCCCGGUGGGCCACAGUUUAUUAACCCACAAAACGGUAUGGGCGCACCUAUGAUGGUCCAACAGCCAUCAAAUGGUCCUUAUGCAGGUAUGCCUCAGGGCAUGAGUGUCCCGUAUAACCCUCAAAUGUCGAUAUACUCCCCGAAUACUGGGCAUGCCUAUCCGCAACAUGUCCCCCCACCACCGCAACCACAUAGUGGCUUUCCCAGCCCAAACCGAGGAGCAGCCAUGAUGAUGCAUCAAGGCUCACAACAGGGCCACCCACAUCAGCCUGUCAUGUUCAUGAACUCCGGACAGCAUGGACAACUUGUCUAUGCUCCACAGCAUCAAGCCCACAUGCCUCCAGUGCGCUCUGGUUAUCCUCAGCAUCAACAGAAUCAUUUCAACACUAGUCCUCACCAAGCGCAUUAUUACCCACAUCAUCAGCAUAGAGCCCAGAACAAUCACUACAACCAAAUGCCACACAUGCCUCACCCCCAUAUGCAGCCGCAAGGACCACCACAAAAUGUCCCGUCGGGGUCUCAUGCUCCGGAGGCUGUUGACGAAGUUAAAUGA